AUGAGUUCGACUGCAUACGAUUUGGCCGUUGUGGAAGCUCCAACGGAGGCUAAGAAUUUACAAUUUGAGGAUGAAAAACAGCAGGCAAGAUUUGAAUUGGGGGUAUCCAUGAUGGUUUACAAAUGGGAAGCUUUGGAAGUGGCAGUGGCCAAUAGUUGGGGUGGACCUUCUUCUGCGGAAAAGCGCGAUUGGAUUACUGCGAUUGUAGUGGAUCUUUUCAAAAGUGAGAAAAUUGUUGAUGCUGCUACGAUUGAAGAGACUUUAUUGUAUGCCAUGAUUGAUGAGUUUGAUACUAACGUCGAGGAUGAAUCCACUGUGCCCAUUGCUGUGGGUAUAAUAGAUAUCUACAAGCAAUGUCAAGUUCAGGAUUAUUCCACUGUUGAACAACUGUACACUAAAUGGGUUGAGAAACAGAACAGCGGUGAGAGUGCUAAAGUAAUUACGAUUGAAGAGGAUCCUUUGAAUCCCGAUGCCUCUUCGUGCGACGAGGGUGAUGAAGAAGAUGAGGACGAGGGAGAGGGAGAGGAAGACAUUGAAAUGAACGACCAGCCAUCCAGUGGGCCAGUUGUUGAUGAAGAUGGGUUUGAACUUGUACAAAAGAAGGGAAGACGUUAG